AUGGAUCGACAAAGUAUAUUGGCAAGUUAUGGUAUUCCUCUUCCAGUAGUAUCCCGUUCGCCGACAGCCGCAAGCGGACGGCGGGUGACAACGGGAAACGGUAAUAAUCGGACAAGCAAAAGAUACUCUGUCACUGCUUUAUACUCAAUGGCAGCUGAACAAGACGUCGAGGUCGAAGAUGAUUUGGCUAGAGCACAAAAACGUCUAAGAGAAUUAAAAAGUCGAAUUUCUGCACAGUCAAAAAAGAAUUUUGUACUAGAGCGUGAUGUGAGAUACUUGGAUUCUCGUAUCGCUCUCUUGAUUCAAAAUCGGAUGGCUUUAGAUGAGAAACAAGAAGUUGAGAGUCAUUUAGAAGAGUCAGACCCCCAAGAGGGAAAUUUUCUAGAUGAUCGAAAGAUGCAACAAUAUGGAAAUCUUUUCUUUCUUCUUCAAACAGAGCCACGUCACAUAGCAACAUUGUGUCGUCUAGUCAGUCUGACGGAGAUUGAUGUCUUACUGCAGACUGUCAUGUUUACCUUAUACGGAAAUCAGUAUGAAAGCAGAGAGGAGCAUCUGUUGUUAACCAUGUUUCAGUCUGUUCUCGCAGCUCAGUUUGAGACAACCACAGAUUUCAAUUCUCUCCUCCGCGCAAAUACACCAGUCUCUCGCAUGAUGACUACUUAUACUCGUCGCGGACCGGGUCAGAGUUACCAGAAAUCCGUCUUAUCGGAGCGAAUUAACAGUCUGAUCGAACAUAAAGAUUUAAAUAUGGAGAUAGAUCCAUUGAAAGUAUAUUUGCAAAUGAUUCAACAAAUAGAAGAGGAAACUGGAAAAUUACCCGAGCAUUUACCGAGAUCAGUUACGGCCGAAGUUGCCGCUGCCAAUGCCGAAGUACAAGCAAUCAUUGCGCCAAGAUUGACCAUGUUGACGGAGAUUGCUAAUUCGUUUUUGGCUACCAUUAUUAAUUCUCUCGAGAAAGUUCCUUACGGUAUUAGGUGGAUAUGCAAGCAGAUUAGGUCUCUAACAAAGAGAAAAUAUCCAGAUGCUACCGAGUUUAUGAUAUGCUCCAUGAUAGGAGCGUUCUUUUUUUUACGAUUUUUGAAUCCAGCUGUUGUUACCCCAGAAGCUUACAUGCUAGUCGAUAAUGUACCAGGAAAGCACCCUAGGCGAACUUUAACUCUGAUAGCAAAAAUGCUUCAGAAUCUUGCCAAUAAGCCUACAUAUGCCAAAGAAGCGUAUAUGAAAAUGUUGAAUCCGUUUGUUGAAGAGAAUAAACGGAGGAUUAAUAAAUUUUUAUUGAGCUUGUGCGAAGUGGGAGACUUUUACGAAAGUUUGGAGAUGGAUCAGUACAUUGCUCUAUCAAAGAAAGACCUUGUACUUCAUAUAACAUUGAACGAAAUAUAUAACACACAUGAUUUAUUGCUUCAACAUAAAAACGAAUUGGCAGCAUCGGAUAAGAGUCAUCUCCGCAUAUUGCUUGAUGAGGUUGGUCCCGCCCCACCCCAAGUACCGCGUAAAGAGAACAGGGCAAUCGAGUUGCCUUUAUUCAGUCGUUGGGAAACUCCUAUACAAGAUCUUGCAACUGCUCUCAUGUCCGACAAUAAUCUAACCCAAAACGACAUUCUUUACAUGGAAACCAAAUCCAUCUUUGUUCAGUUGAUCCGCUCGAUGCCGCGCGUAGCUGAACGACGGCCAAUUGAUCUAGCCUACAUUGCUGAAACUGCCGCUACCACCAAAGAUGCCACGCUCGUUCGCAAAGGUAUCAAAGUUAAGGAAAUGCUACGAGAACUCGAAGAAGCUCACGUAACUGACAGCAGUGACGGAUAUAAACUCAUGACCGAGGAAGUUGCCCAAGAAUUGGCUCAUUUGGGUAACUUGCGCGAAAUCGUCAACGAGGAGAUUAAAUCCCUCGAAGCAGUAUAUAAAACUAUAUGUGACCAUAACAAUUAUCUAAGGAGUCAGUUGGAACAGUAUAAAGCGUAUUUACAGAACGUGAGAAUACAAACGUCAAAGGAUAGUGUUGGGCCAGUGAGCGUUGUGAAAGUGGGUGAUAAGGACAAUACUCAAAAACAGAAAGCAAUAGGGCCAUACAAGUUCACGUAUAUCCAAUUGGAGAGGGAUGGAAUAAUUGUCGAAAGCAGUGUUCCUGAUUAUCGACGGCGAGAUAUCUACUUUAAUAUAACGUCACCGGUUCCAGGAACUUUUGUAAUCGCCUUACAUUACCGAGGACGAGAAGCAGCCAUUCUAGAGAUGGAUCUCAAACUUGAUGAUCUUUUAGAGAAGCAACAAGAUAACGUAGUAUCACUAGAUCUCGAAUACGUCCAGUUUGACGUGAGCAAAAUACUCCAGCUUUUGAACAAGACGUUUGCUAAACGAAAGAUGCCAACCGUGUCAAAUGCCUGGGGCAAAUUGUGCCUCUCCCCGUGCGCCGAGUACUCUACUGUUGGGUGA